AUGUUUUCAUAUGUAAAUAAUCGUAAGAUAUAUGGCGAUGAGAUUCCUCCUUCAAUUGAGAUAAGAAACAAUAGUUACAAUAUUCAUCCAAGAUUUUUAAAUCACAGACCAUAUCAUAAAAUGAAUUUGAAAGUUUUGGAAGAAUUGCCAGAGAAUUAUCCAAUAUAUUGUUAUGAAAUGAGUGAAGUUAAGGAGAUAAUAUUCACGGAUGAAAUUGUCGCCGUCCUGAUGAAAUCCGGUUUGGCAAGAGCUUUUGAUCUGAUUUCUGGAGUAUUAAAAUGUGAACUGAAUCCUGACAUUAACUCAAUACACUUCCCAUGUGUACAUACAAUAGUAUAUAAUAAGAGAAAUGAUACACUAAUCAUUGCCUAUUCCUCAUUUCCUUCACAUUUACAAUGCAAAGUUAUUUACUGCCAAUAUCUAAUUGAGGGGAAAAUGUUGAGUCCAACCUCUAGCUUUAAUUUCGAACAAGUUGUAUUAAACCAUCCAGCAUACUUUGAAUUCUGCGGUUAUUCAUCUACUAUACUACCAUCUAUUUAG